ACCACGGUGCGGGAUGGGAGUGCAUAUUUGAGCCCGAGGAUCCUGCGGAGACUACGGUCAUCCAGGUUUUACAAUUUACAGAAAUGGCAAGAAAAUAAGAAUAGAAGAUUCAUCAGUGCGCCCGUCAAGAAUGCGGAGUCGCUGGCAGCGCCGGGCCGAUCCGCUGCCGGACAGGACCGCCAGCUCAGCUGGCAAAGUCAACGCUGCUCACUUCUAGCACUUGAGCGAAAGAGCACAGGUCUCGUGGCUCAUCACACUGACCCAGAAUGCCGUUGGUGAAGAGGAACAUCGAGCCGAGGUACCUGUGCCACACAGCGCUGCCUCGGGGCAUCAAGAAUGAGCUAGAAUGCGUGACCAACAUAUCCCUGGCCAACGUCAUCCGUCAGCUCAGCAGCCUCAGUAAGUAUGCGGAGGACCUGUUUGGGGAGCUGUUCAAUGAGGCGCACUCCUUCUCCUUUCGGGUGAAUUCUCUCCAGGAGCGCGUGGACCGGCUCUCCAUCAGCGUCACCCAGCUGGAUCCCAAAGAAGAGGAGUUGUCCCUGCAGGACAUCACCAUGAGGAAGGCUUUCCGCAGCUCCACCAUCCAGGACCAGCAGCUGUUCGACCGGCGGACGCUGCCCAUCCCCAUGCAGGAGACCUUUGACCUGUGCGAACAGCCUCCUCCUCUCAACAUCCUCACACCCUACAGGGAUGACGGCAAGGAGGGCCUCAAGUUCUACACCAACCCGUCCUACUUCUUCGACCUGUGGAGGGAGAAGAUGCUGCAGGACACGGAGGACAAGAGGAAGGAGAAGCGGAAGCAGAGGCCAGAAAUUCCUCUUCAUGUGUCGUCAGAGGGCUUUAACUGUGCCCGCACAGGCCCCGCCCACCUUGGCCUGGAGCUGAAGAACAUCGACCGCCCGCAGGAGCCGGAGAAGGUGCCGCGACCCCCUCCUGACCGGCGCAAGGAAUGGCAGAAGCGGGCGCAGGGAGUGGAGCUGGCGGAGGAUGACGACGACACGCACAAACACAAGGACGCCAACGGCACCCCCCACUACCACGAUUCCAGACAUCCCCUGUACAUGGACCACGUGGACGGACCCUUCUCCCUGGCCGCCCUGCCCUACAGUCAGAUGAAUGAACUCCUGAGCAGGACCGGGGACAGGGUGUACGUCCGGCCCCACGAGCCCCCCCCGCCCCCGCCGCCUGCUCACAUCAUCGGAGACUUGAAGGCGUCCUCCAUCAUCAGCUCCAGCUCUGGGUUCAGCGACAGUCGCCCCCAGUCCCCGGCCAGGACGCCCGUUUUCCUCAACCCCAAUGCCCCGCCUCCUCCCCCGCCCCCCUUGCCCCCGCCGCCGCCUCCGCUGCCGUCCGCCGUGCCGGGCUCGGGCGCGCGGAGCACGCCGCCGCCCCCGAUACCCCCUCUUCCCGCCAUCCCGCCGGCCCCCGCUCCUCUCCAGAUCGCACCCGGGGUCCUGCAUCCCGCCCCUCCCCCGAUCGCCCCUCCCCUGCACCCCGCCUCCCCGGCACGCCUCCAGCAGAACCUGGACAAGGGCGGCCAGCUCCCCCCUCAGGGGGAUGCGGGAGCCGUUCUCCCCCCGCCGCCGCCUCCGCCCCCGCUGCCUGUCCCAGGCAGCUGCCCCACAGCCCCGCCCCCCGUGCCUUCCUUCCCGUCGUCCUCGCCGUCGGCGCACGCCGCCCACGAGGCCAAACGCCACCCGUCCACCCUGCCGGCCAUCAGCGACGCGCGCAGCGUCCUCCUGGAGGCCAUCCGCAAAGGGAUCCAGCUGCGGAAGGUGGAGGAGCAGCGGGAGCAGGAGGCGAAGCACGAGCGCGUGGGCAACGACGUGGCCACCAUCCUGUCGCGCCGCAUCGCCGUCGAGUACAGCGACUCCGAGGACGAUUCCGAGUUCGACGAAGUGGACUGGAUGGAAUGAGCCGGCCGGGCGGAGCAGAGCGGGCGGGGUUUGUCACUCGGCUCCUUCCCGUUUCUCAUCUCCUCGUUCACUUCCCGAGUGCCGUUCUCAUUCGUGGUUCCUGCAAGGAGGCGACUUUCGGGCUCCGGCUCUUUUUUUCUUAUUACGUGUUUUUGCGGAUGUUUUGUACUCAUUUUCUACAUUGCAUCUUUUUCAGUCAUAGAAAAUGCUCUUCUUGUACAGCUCCAAGUGAAAUAACUAAACCGCUUUUUGUUUCCAAGUUCAUUUUAAGAGAAAACAGAACAACACAUGAAGAUGGGGGGGGGGAGGAGGAGGGGGAGGAAAAAAAAAAAAAAAAAAAAAAAAAUGGCUUCCAUCAUCAAUUCUGGUGCAGUCCUGCCCUCUGCUGGUCUGAAGUGGAACUGAAGAAAAAUUUAGGUUUUUAAAUUACCAGUUGAGAAGGACUUGUUAUUUCUGGAAUGAAGUAAGUUAUGAAGUCAUACGUCUCGAAUUGCAGUUAUCGUGCUUUCCGAAGGACGGAAGUGUUCUGCAUAUCUGUUAGAAUAAAAUAUAUUAAUGUUCAAUUCCCUGUUCUGAAAGAAAAGUGUGGUGCUUGAAGUAGGAAUGGUCAAUGUAACAGCAAGGUGAAACGCUAGUUCGGGUAACUUCUUUGCAAAGGUCGCUGCGGACGAUGAUGUGCCGAACUGUAGCGACGCAGCCCGAAGCGCGUGGGGGUUCUGACCCGUCGAGUCCGAUUCUUCCGCUUCCUCCGCGACCCGAGGUUCCCCGUGUCCGAACCGGGUGCGUCAUCAGCGGACCGCCCCGGAUGGUUACCAGCCGCCGGAUGGUGGUCCGUGCGGAAUCCCACCGGCGCCGACCCGGACGACGUACCGCAGUCGCGGCCUCGCGGGUCGAGAAGGACCACCAGGCGUCUCUGCGGCCGCAGUCCAAACGCACGUCGUCCUUACGUUUCUUCUACUAUGCCUUAUUGUUUGUAUCACACAUAUUGUUUAGCUCAUGAAUGUAUUGUGCUGUACUACUUUGCCUGCGCUCUUAACGAUUAGUUGUUUGUACGUGAGCCCCGAUUUCCAGAUACUGUAAACCGUGUAACUUAUGUAACUGAUGGCUGUAAUGGUUUGCUUGAAUUAAUAAAAGCUGAUGUAA